AUGUGUUCAUCCAUGCCCCUCACUUUGGUCAUCGUUGCCGUUGUUUUUGCGAGACAUACACUCGCAGAUCCUGGUGAUGAUUUUUCCAAUAAUCUCUUUUCCGAUCUCGCGCCGAUCCUCGCGCUGUUCGGUGAACGGGUCACAAUGCAGUUCAUGAGCGAAUCUCUGGGCAUAGCAGACUGCAUAAUCCUAGCCAUGGCUCCUGUCGGAAUCAUCACCAUAAUCGUCGGAGCCAUUAGGGUUGGCGGGCCCCAGUGGCUGAAGGCAAUUAUUGGAAGAGCAAGGGAAAACCUUUCCGAGGCAGAAAAGGAGAUCAUGUCGUCAACCUCACAGGAAGUGUGCGAGCUUUACAACGGGCAUCAGGAUGAUGUUCCCAAUAUCGAGGUCUUAACCUUCAAAGAAGCUGUUGAACGCAAACUACUCGUUGAUGGAAAGGAUAAGAUGGGGUGGAGGGAGUUUUAUCGUAGUUUGAAGGAAUUCGCUCAUCGCUGGAGGCGCUUCUAUCAGAACACAAAGACGAAUGCGAGGCGGUUUCGGGAUCGGGUGUCUAGAAAGAACAAAGAAAAGUCUCCUGGGCAAGAUUCACCUGAUCUCGAAGCUCCUAAUGAGGAUGCGUUUACGCAGUCACAACCAACACCACCUCUACAGCCAAGCGAGCAACCAAAAGUAGGGUGGGACAUCAAAGUCAUACGAGAUGUGACGCCGGACGCGCCAAACCUCUCCCUAAAUCGCCACGAUCAAAUCAGCCGGGUCGGAGUUCACAUCGUAGCCGCAUUUGCUACCGCACUGCAGUCAGGCGUCUUAAUCUUCUUCGGAUUCAUUACUUAUUCGCCACGCCUUCAACCCAACUUCAGAAAAGGGGACCAAGCAGUGGCCGGUUACGCCUGUCCCAUGGCCGCUGGUGGCACGGUCUUCCUCGUGCUUGGUUUAUUCAUCUGCGCCUGUAUCGUCGAGAACAAAACGGAAGAGAAACAUUGGAGGCCGAGUGACAACGCGACUAUGCAGGUAACAUGGCUGCAGCAAGCACAAACAGUCGGCGACCAAGUGUUCAAGGCGUUUGCGACAUACCCCAAGACGCCGCGAAUCGUUUUCAGUACAUCUCGUAAAUCAGUGUCAUCGCAGCAUGAGACGCUAUCAACCUUUGGUGUCGGAUUCGCUCUGGUCGGUUUCGUCUCACAGUUCAUUGGAUUACGGGGGAUGAACUGGGCAGCCUCAGUCGCACAACUUGUUGCGGCUCUGAUUAUGGUUGCCGCCCGAGCAUGGCUCAGACGCGGACUUGCUCAACCACUAGUCGCUAAAGAAUUGACGUCUCAGUUCGAACUUGAUUGGCUCGCCAUGACCCUGGCCAAUGUUGAGGAUCACGCUGGUCCUUGGCGGAUCACGGAGCAAACCGUUGAGAACAACGCCAUCGAAACUAUAGAAGUGGAUAGGGGGAGGAUCGUUGGCUACGGCUUGAGACGAGAGAUUAUCCAUGAUGAUGAGAACUACCGCAAGGAUACUCACUUCGAGAGCGAAAAAAUGAAGACCAAUGUUGAUGUCUUGGAUUUCUCUGCUGAGGAUGAAAGACUUCGAUUGAAAGAGUCCUAUAGGGCUCCUUACGAUAGCCGGUUCCGGUAUACAUGGCACUUGAACCAGGACGAGGAGGGCAAGGAAGAGGAAUCUAAAAUAUUUCUUGCCAUCAAGACCUUCGAUGGCAUCAUUAAGCUAUAUGCCAAAGAUCUUCUAUACGCAUUCAUCAGUUCGGUUGCAAAAUCGUUGGCGACUUCUAUCCAAGGAAACACCGAGACCCGACCAAUGGAGAAAUAUGCUAUCAAGAACUGGAAGUCAAUCAUGCUCUGGAACCGAAACGUAGCGAGACUUGCUCAAGAAGUUCAAAACAACAUAUUUGGAACAUCCUUCGAGGCCUAUCUGAGCGUCCUUGCACCUUUAAGCAUGGAAGGAAAGUUACCAGAGCCCGAAGCUGUGUUUGAUAUAGCGUUGGAAAAGGCGUCCCAAGAUCGUCGCGACCGCGGAUUGCUAAAAGCAGCAGAUGCACACCUAUGGUUAUGGAUGCAGGUCAAACGUUUUUCGUGCGCCGAAGGACAAGUUUUCACAAGAGGGUUGGCGUAUUUGGUAGAGUAUAUAAAUGAUGUCCACGAGCAAGGCAGGUUGAGUAAGGAGGAUAACAAUUGGACCUUGCAGGACACAUUAUACAAAUUGGAGGAGAAGAUGAUAAAAGAGAUUGCAGCGACAACUGCUUCCCAAAAAGCGUUGGCUAGGCUCGCGAGGUUAUACAAGGAUCAAGGUCGCCCGUGGGCGGAGGAUCUUACCAAGCGGAUGAAUCUGCCAGCCUCAAAUCACAACUCGAUCGAGGCACUCGGCGGGUUGGGCAUGACUGAGACGCACCAAAUGUUGCUCAAUGGCGCAGACGAUGAAUGGCCGUAUCUAGUUGCAGAAAAACCAUCAAUGAAUCGGAAAGAUGUCUCUGGUUGGACACCUCUCCAUUAUCUCAUGGCAAAAGGAAAGAAGGAUCUUCUCCGUUCUCUUUCUCCAGGUUGGAAUCCUGACGCUUUGGAUAUCUUGGAUAUCAAUGCGAAGGACUGGCGUGGAUGGACGCCAUUACACUACGCCUGCCUGCAUGGUCACUUUAGCGCCAUUUAUUGGUUCGCCGAUCUUCCCCAGGCCAACCUCAGCGCUCAAGGCACUGACGGUGUUACGCCGCUCCACUGCGCAGCGAAAAAUGGCCAUGUUUACGUGGCAGAAAAACUGAUAUGGACGCUAGACCGAAAACAUCUCGUUGUCUUCGGUGGAGACGCAGACAUGCAUCCACGAACGUUGCGCGACUACGACAAUGGCCGGGCUGCUAUCCAUUGGGCAGUAGUGGCAGGUCACGAGAAAAUGACGCAACUACUCGAGGCUGAUUCUAACCUCAAAGAUCGCAAAGGAUGGACGGCACUCCAUCUAGCUAUUGUGCACGGCAAGACAGACAUUUGCAAACUGUUGAUGCGAAGAGGGUCGUUAGAAGCUCUCGAUGACAGAGGACGGACACCUCUUCUCCUGGCCACUGAGUACGAAAGAUGGGAAAUAGCCCAGGAGCUAGUCAAGCUCGAGGCAGAUGUCAAUGCCAGGGGCCCUUUUGGUUGGACUCCGCUCCAUUGGGUGGCUCAUGCUCGCACGGAUGCAAAUCUCGGGCUCGGGGAACUGCUUCUCAACAAGGGCGCUCGAGUCGACGUCGCCAAUCGAGAUGGCAUGACGCCGUUUCACCUUGGAUCCGAAAGUGGCAAGCUUAAAUUUCUUGAG